AUACACGAAGUAGGAAUCUAUUAAGUUCUACCCAACCUAACCUUAUUUGUGGAAAAUUGUUUUGAAAUAAGCUAGGGUUUAACUGCGAAAGCAUAGAGAUAAUGGCAAAAGGGAAAAGCAGAGCAUCGUCAAGAUCUAAUCUUUUUGCUCUCCCUGAAGAAAUCCUGAUUCAAAUCCUUGUUAGAUUGCCGGUAAAAUCACUAGUGCAAGUGAGGUCAAUCUGCAAAUCAUGGUACUCUCUAAUCACUGAUCGUAGCUUCAUUGAGUCACAUCUCAAACAUCAAACAAGCCCCAGCAACAACAACUGCAUUCCUCUCUUCCUCUUUAGGUACAAACCUGGUUGUGACAUUUACAGUCCCUGGCGUCACGCAAUACGCUAUGAUGAUGAAUCGUUUGGUGAGUAUUUUAAACCUAAGCUUCCAGUACAUAUCAGUUGCUUACGCGUAGGUGGGUCUUGUAAUGGUUUAGUUUGUCUGUAUGGGAGACCAAUAACGGCAUCAAGAUUGGGACCGCCCAUAUAUUUAUGGAACCCAGCACUUAGAAGAAUGAAAACCCUCCCAGAACCUCCAAGUCUUGAUCCCACUUUGGGUGCUUAUUAUAGUGUCUAUGUGGCCUUUGGCUUCGAUUACCGUGGUAAUGACUACAAGGUAGUGGAGAUUAUUUGCUUCCCACCAAAAUUACAUAAGAAUAGUUUGUUCAUAGUUAAUGUUUAUAAUCUAAGCACAGAUUCUUGGAGAAGAAUUAGUGUUGCCUCCCCUUCAUGUAAGAUUUGGAUUGGUGCCCUACCUGAAAUCAUGAAUGGAGCUGCUUAUUGGAUUGCAUCUGUGAAUAUGAAAAGUGAGAACUCUCUUUAUACCCUUUUGCAAUUCGAUUUGGGUGACGAAGUUUUUAGAGAGAUAAUACUGCCAGAUGGUGCUCGGUAUAUACUACCAGAAAUUGCGGUAUUGGGGGAAUCACUCUAUCUUUAUAAUUUUUGGGGGGGUAAAACUUAUCAGUGUGAUGUGUGGACAAUGGAGUGUAGCAAAGUGGGAAGUUGGACAAAACGAUUUACAUUUCGUUUUUCGGAUGCCAAUGUGAAUGAUUGGAGUAAGAUUGGCUUUAGAAGGAACGGUGAGAUUCUGCGACUAAAUCACAAAAAUUGUUUGGUGUCUUACAAUCUUGACAACAAGCAAGCUGAAGAUCUUGGAUUCCAUGCCUGUCGAAUUUCAUUUUUACAUUCUUAUGUGGAGAGCCUUAUUCUACUUCGUAAGGAAGAUUCUUAUUCCACGUGAUCAACAUAAAUUGACGUGCAUUGUGACCUGGCAGAUUUUUAUGAUGCAACAAUUCACUAGCAAACCAACAUCUCAAGAAGCAGCUGGAUUUUUAGGGGUGGCAUCAAUAUAUAAAAAUUAAAGAAACCAAGAAACGAUGAGAAGAAGAGGCAGUUUUUGUGCUUCUGACAUUGGAAUAGUCGGCAACUCAGGCUUUGGCAAGUUCAGGACUUGUAGGCACUGCUGGCAGCUAAUGCUUGUAUAUAGUUGACCCUCCCUAAUUCUCUAUUUAUCAACUCCUCCAAUUUGGAUCAUCAUGGGACUACCUAUCUCGCAUUUGGGUUCCAACCCGGAGUUGAUGACUACAAGAUUGUGAGGAUUUUGUGCUUGGGGCAUGAGAUGCAUAAACCCUACAAAAAUCAGAUCCUAAGGAUGUUUAUGGUCUAAGCACCGACUCUUGGAGAAGAAUUUAUGUUGCCCUUUCAUGUUAUUUUGCUGUGAAUGGAGCAGCAUAUUGGAUUGGAAUGAAGAAAACUGAUGACGGUUUUGGUUGGUUAUUUACUUGUGCGUUUUUUAGGAGGUAAUGCUGCUCAAUACUUUUAUCCAUACACCCCAGUUUUGGGGGAAUCACUUUAUUUUUUCUGAAUUUGUAAUUUUUUUUUUCCUAGUUGGUACUCACACACACAUGCCUCUACUGAGGUUCGAAUCCCUGACCUCUCUUUGAAAAGUAGGGGCUUGGUACCGCUAGGUCGGCCUGUUGGUUGAAUUUGUAAUUUGGAUGGGAGUGUAUGUUAUUAUGACGUAUGGACAAUGGAGUGUGGUGUGGUAAAAUGAGUUCUUGGACAAAACGACUAUUUAUUAAUUUCCGGGACAUAUAUUUGAAGCUAAUAGGCUUGAUAAAGAGCUGUGAACUGCUACAACUGAACCUCAAGAAUGAUCUGGUAUCUUAUAAUUUUGUGACCAAGCAUCUA